UUAAUUAAGUUUUUUGAGAUAUUCUUCUUAUAUCGAAGAAAACACAAUUGGUUUUUAGCAUAUAACCGUAUACACUCGCGAGAAAAUGAGGGGGAGACUCAAGCAUAACAACAAUUAUAAUCCCUGAUUUAUGCCUCAACCGGCACCUCCCCUCGCUGUGAUAGAGGCUCCGCCCAGCCUCUCCCCUCAUAUCAAGCCUCGUGAGCUGGUUGGCUCUCCUAAAGACCGCCCCUUGUAACUUAUUAUUCUUGCUAGAGUCUGCAGAAGACACGCUGGUAAUUUAUUUAUGAAAUCAGUGCCUUCCCAGUUAAAAUUAAAUCUAAUAGUUUUUGUUAUGUGAUAUUUUACAUGGAAGGAAAAUAAUAUAAACAGGGAAGUAUUAUUUCUAGUGGCUAUAAUAAAGAGUUUCAACGAGGGACUUGGCAACUGCUUGGUGCUCGGUAAGCCCUGAUGAGUUUUGAAGUUGGUCGCGUGGGACUAAUGGAGCUGUAGCAUCUGGGGAAGAGAUAGAGGGAAGCAAGUGACAGAACCAAUUAGAGUACAAAUAGUCUGAACCGCAGACUCUGCCCACUGCCUCGCUCCCCUCCCUGGCAGCAGCGACGCCCACCGACCCUCACACUCUCUGGUGAGGGCUGAGGGGAAACACACGGGAAUUUGAGGGCUUGGGAAGAGGGCUCCCACACGUGCCUUGGCCAACCGCGUCACUUGCAACUUGUGGCCCCUUGUCAGUGCUGGACUUUUGGGAAAGUUUGUGGACUUGUUUACGUUCAUCAUCUUCACGAUGGUUUGAGGGGACGAUUGUGCAAGCGAGAAAAGUUUUGUUGUAGCCGGUGGUAACCCGCGUUGUGAUGUUCCUUGACGACCGUUUAUGUAUAUGAGAGGAAAUAUCUUACUGUUAUGGAGACUUUGAUCAAGAUGGAAAAGCCCGGUUCUCCCGAUAGUCAGACACAGACUACGGCCUCCGUCACACCCUUCUCCAUCACCGACAUUCUCACUCGUAUGGAGAACCGUUCCCCAUCUGACUUACGGAGCACCCCGGAGCACCACAGGAGCCUGGCUGACCUGCGAAGCUCUCCCAGCUUGGGUUUUCGGCCAGUAUCUGUGCUCAAAUACAACUCACCCUCGCCCAUGGAUCUCUCCAAGGACGCCAUCCAUCCGGAAGUAAGUUCCUCGAUCGAGCCGUCUUCGGGAGGGCCUACAGGAGCUUGCAACACCCGGCCGACGGAGGCCCGAGAGGCAACGUCCUCUCCUGAAGGCUACAGCUUGCUAGGAAGGAGAAGCAGAUCGACCUCGCCCUGCUCGGAGAUGAGCAUGGAAGAAGUGGACACCGAACACAGUGAUCGAGAAGACGCUACCCACACUGCCGCCCAAGACAGCGCCUCCACUGAAGGCAAAGGAGAUUCGACUGAGGGGGAACGCGCACCUCGGAAGAAACGGUGUCGGGCGGCGUUUAGCCACGCCCAGGUCUUCGAACUGGAGCGACGCUUCGCGCACCAGCGGUACCUCUCAGGGCCUGAGAGAGCCGACCUCGCCCAGGCGCUCAAACUCACAGAGCAACAGGUGAAGAUAUGGUUCCAGAACCGCCGCUACAAGACCAAGAGGAAACAGCUAGUGGCCUGCGAACCACCUUCCUCUGGUAGACGAGUGGCUGUCAAGGUUCUAAUGCGAGACGACCAACUUCUUCACGGUCCAGACGAGGGUCUCCCACGACCUCCUCUCCUCCUCCCGUCCCUCGCCUCCCUCAGUACGCUCAGCUCCCUCAGCUCACUGAGCUCCCUCAGCUCAUUGGGUAUCCCACCCUACUGCUACUACCCUUACCUGUGCCCGCCGCCGCAUGCGGGCGGCACCGCGGCGGCUCUCUCACCCCUGGCACACCUGCCGCAGCUCUCGGCUCUAUCCCCAGCAUCCCUCUCCUCACUAUCCUCAUCUCUCUCCUCCCUCACUUCCUCCCUGCUACCUCCCCACGCCCAUGCAGCAGCAUCCUCGCCCACGCCCGCGGUCUCCACGAGUGGGGGUAGUUCAGGGGGCGGGGUGAGGCCCUCACCGCAGGCGCCUUCUCCUCCACGUCCCUGAGUCUCUCCUGAGAGAUAUAAUUCCCUGACACACCUUCCUCGUAGAGAUGUCCCUUCUCCAACAUUCCUCCUUCCUUACUGCCCCUUCAACACACCUGCCUCAUUGCUGCCUCUCCUCCGUUACGCCUCCUUAAUUACUGUCCCUCCUUCAACAUUCCUCUUUGAGAAAUAUUCUUUCUCCAGCAACCCUUCUACCUCAGCGCCGUCUCUUCCUCCUUCACCACUCCUCCACCAAAAUUACUCCUUCCCUAACCCUAUUUCUACCUCAUCUGCGUCCCUUCUCCAACACUUAUCCGUUAAAGCUGCUCCUUCACCAACAUCCCUUGUCCCUUAGAGUUGUCGCACCCCAACACUCCUCCCUCAUAGCUUCUCUCCAACACCUCCCUCCGUGCUGCCUCCACCAACACCUCCAGCUCACCACCGGCUCUACCAGACGCCAUCACCGUGGUCUGCUGCAGUGCUGAUGACGAAGGAGGAGAACACGGAGAUAAAAACCAAGCCAGAUAUAAGUCAAAAGACCGCCGUGAUGAGUCCUGACAGUCAGGCAUGAAACUACAUACGAAAUAAGAAAAAAAAAAUGCGCUCGAAGUCAGUGACAACAAAGUAGUACACAAUUCGAAGCCUCCGACAACGAGGCUUCAAACGACCCCUGUCAAGGCUUCGAAAUGACGCAAAAGAAAAAAAAUGUUUUGCGAUGAAGCUAUCUUGUGAAAUAACAGUGAACAACGACCCCUUUUGUCGAGUUUGAUUCGAACAAUGCUCUCUGGGGCCAUCUGUGUCUUCGAGUUCAAUGUAAACUAUGAUUUCCGUGAACCCGUGAUGGUAUUUAGGCUCCUAAUCCAACACUCAGUGGUGAUGAACAGCUGAAGAAAAUUAUAGAAGUGCUUCGGUUUAUAUUAACAUUGGUUCUUAGAAUCUCAUGUACCUUAACAUCCAUUUCUUGGAAAAAAGACAUUUCUGAUGGCUCUUUUUUUUAAGUGGACAAAUAUAUCUUUUAAGAUGCUGUGUGAUUUGAAGUCUUCUUUAUAAUGGACAAAACUAUUCCUCUAAGCCUUUCACAAGUGGAUGUAAACGUACUUAUCGAGGCCUUCGACUCUUCACUUGAGAAAUCGAAGUUAGAGAAAGUGGAUGAGGUUCUUGGUGGGAGGAGCCAUGAGACAGAACCCAACAAACCCCUUCACCACUCUUCGUAGCUAUCCUCACCUCACUAGCUAAGUAUCUGACUGUACAGAACAAUGUAGUGUAUAGACCAGGCUCUACAAAAUUAAGAACAAAAUUGUAUACAUGUAUAGAAUAAUGAUAACAUUAACAAUGAGAACAAAAAUAUAUAUAUAUGAUUAAAAAAAACUCCCUAUUUAACCUGCCAUAUUAAUUGACGACGAUUUCUUUCGAAAAUAUACACGUUAUUUUUCACUCUUUAUAUAUUUUUUUACGAAGACAAGAUGUACAUAGCUGACAGGAAAUGUUACAGUUUAGCGGCGGUGUUCCAGUGAGGAGCAGUCAAAGAUGCUAAUGUACCAAAGAUUUUUUGCCCCGUGUGAGAGCGAGGUUCACUAAAGCAAAUGGAACCUAUAUCAAUGUUUUAGUUUCCUUCUUUUUUUUUUUUACAUGUAAACAUUGAGGAAACCGGACGCAACAAAACCAGUUUAGAAACAUGACCUUUCCCUCCUCUUCCAGUGUUGUUUCCCUCACAGAUGUUUUGCCUGUCUAGUCCCUGGUGAAGCCAAACUUGAUUUGUUUUUAUCAUACUCUCGCCCUUCAAGGUUGGUGAAUGGCUCUUGAUUCAAGGAUUUUGGGCUGUCCUCCUCCUCCUCCUCAUCCUCCUCCUCCUCUUGCUCCUCCUUGGAUCAGUCCUGAUUACUUCCUUUUCCUCAUUCGCUAUUUGACCCAAUGGGUGUAGUUCUUUCCCAUGAAUAUAAUAAUAAUAAUAAUAAUAAUAAUAAUAAUAGCAAUAAUAAUAUUAAUAACAAACUAUGGAAAAUCAAGUACAGCGCAGAAUGCUGGAAAUGAAUCUAAUUAAACAAUUUAAACUUCUCCCAAGAAGCUCGGCUUAACACUGGAAGACUGUGGCACGAAAACAAAAAUCUGAGCCCUCCCUUCCACCGCUUCCUCCUUCACCAUGUCAAUGAAGAUGGCAUAGAAGGAGGGCAUCAUGUCCUGGGAGGGAGAUGUGUGGUCCUGCCUUCACCAGGAAGGGAGGAGGGAGAGAGACUACACAUAGUUAUACAUAGUUAUACAUAUCUCUUUUUAAUAAUUAUUCUCCCUGUAUGUUGUAAAAUAUAUUCCACUGUUGAUGUUA